CUCGAACUUCUGAUCCGUCGUCUAAAAUCUCACUUCGUAUUCCGUCCCUUUAUUCAUAUAGAUCAAUGAUAAAAUAUUUCGAUGGCGAUUCUGUGCAUUUCCUUUUUCUUAGGUUGUUGGAACUAGUCCGAACUUUUGUAGCCGUUGCAUAUUUGAAAAUGAAAUGGUACGAAUGUACUCAGGAGAGAUUCCAGUUGAUUUUCCACUAUACACUGGCAAAAACUUCUUCAAACACUUUUGUAUAACACAAACGAGAAAAAGAUUCUUACGAUAAUAGAAUAUUACUAUAAUAACUUUGAAGAAAAUAUCAAGACCAAAAAGUUUGUUGAAAUGGACACUUUGUUUAUGCAAACUGGAUUAGAAGAGCCAGACGACAUACCUCAAACGACAGAACCUGUUUGGAUACUUGGAAAGAAGUACGACGCCAUAAAGGAACUCGACCAGAUUCGCAGGGAUGUGCGGACGAUGUUGUGGUUUACGUACCGCAAGGGCUUUGUACCAAUCGGUGGAUUGGGUUCAGCAUUUACAUCCGAUAAAGGUUGGGGUUGCAUGCUACGCUGCGGACAGAUGGUGCUUGCUCAAGCAUUGCUGAGGCUACAUUUAGGUAAAGAUUGGCUGUGGACACCCGAGACUCGUGAUAGCACGUACCUGAAGAUUUUGAGCAAGUUCGAGGACCGUAGGGGUUCCCCCUUUUCAAUUCAUCAAAUCGCUUUAAUGGGCGCAUCCGUAGGGAAGGAAGUUGGCCAGUGGUUUGGACCCAACACGGUUGCACAGGUAUUGAAAAAACUUGUCGUUUAUGACAAAUGGAGUUCCAUCACGAUACACGUCGCUCUUGAUAAUAUGUUAAUAGUUAAUGACGUUUUAAAAGAGUGUCGAGUGGAAGGUGGAAUGACAGCUGAACUCGAUGGAGACGAACCAUUGAAAGUUCCCAGUGAAUGGAAACCUCUUUUGCUACUCGUGCCCCUCAGACUUGGCUUAAGUGAAAUUAAUACUGUUUACAUCAACGGACUUAAAACUUCUUUUCAAAUUCCCCAAUCGCUGGGCGUCAUAGGAGGGAAACCAAAUCAUGCCUUGUACUUCAUCGGUUGUGUCGAAGAUGAAGUCGUGUUCUUGGAUCCACAUACUACGCAACGUUCUGGUACUGUUGACGAGAAAAAAGAUGAAAAUCAGGUAGAUUUGGACAACACGUAUCACUGCAAGGCUGCCAGUCGUAUUCCCAUUACGGGAAUAGAUCCUUCUGUAGCUCUCUGCUUCUUUUGCUCAACGGAGAAGGAUUUUAAAGCGUUGUGCAAAAGCUUGCAAAGUAAACUGCUUACUCCGGAGGAGCAACCAAUGUUCGAGAUGUGCAACGAGAGACCAGCCAAUUGGUCUUCGCGGGAUAGCGUCGUCACUCAAGAAUCUGCUGCUGUCAGCGUGUUGGGCUUUGAGCAUCUAGACCGACAUUACGACACUUCCGACGAGGAUUUCGAAUUGCUUGGUUGACAAUGGACAUCGCGAAUACGUGUUCUAGAAAACGUCGACUCGAUUCUUUACAUUUCAUAUUAAAGGCUCGCUAUUGUCAUGUACUUGCGAUAAAAAUGCGAAUUCUUAGCGUAAGUGGUUCGAAUGUGGAUCGAAGUUAACUAAUUGAAAUUAUUUUAAUUCGGACUUAACGAUUCCCGCAACGUGAUAAUUGAUUCUAACGGUCACUGUUGUAAUAAAAGGUUGUCUAAUCGAGUG